UGUGACAACACCAGAGGGGUGGGAAAGCGCAAAGACACGUAGGCGCUUGGCGGCCGUAAUAUAUAAAAGAGAUCUCAUCUCGUCCAAACGGCACAUUAACCCUGAAAUUUCCAGUGGUAGUUCCUCACCUCCAAAAUGCAACAAUACGCGUUCGUGGCUAUUGUUUUUGGAGCGGUUGCGGUGUUUCUGGCCAAUGCUUCGACGACGGCAUAUUACGUUAGCUGUCCCCCGAAUGACGCCCUCGAAGCCUCCACUUCGCUCCGACACCUUUGCUCUUUCAUCGAACAAGCCGUCAACGAUAACGUUGUUAUUCAGGAUGAACCAUUUCGGAGAAUUGUGGGAAGGAAUGUGAACCCCAACACGAAGAGGCAAGAUGUCGACCAUGUCUUUCUCCGCUUCGGAAGACCUUUCGGUUUAUAAGACGCGCAUCCCCAGUCAAUGACGCUUGUUUCAAUAAUUAAUGUUACGUUACUUGCUACGAUAUGAUUUGAGUGAAUAGGAAUUCUUGUGACCAAAUAAAACAGUAUUAUGUAAUUAAAUUAAUAACACUAUAUUUAUAAGUAUUCGGUUGACUAUUAUUUCAAAAAACUAUUUUAAGCUGCAAAUAUUUACCUUAAAACAACAUACAUUAUGAGUGUAAUCGAUAAUAGGCAUAAUAAACAGAAGCCUUGGGUGUUUACGUAAAUCACAUAAACUUAGCUACUCACCUAAUUCCUUGCUCUCAUUGAAAUCGUAUCAUUUUGUCUCUUGGAGGGGUCUCAGAAAAUAAAAACCGAAUAAAUAA